UGCUGGGGUACCGGUAGGAUCUGCUUCAAGCUCAAGCGCGAUUUGAAAGUACUUCAGCUACGAUGUGUCGAGCUUCUACGUAUAAGAAGACUUUGGAGGCAUCAAGCUGUUUUUUCCUCGUUCGUGUCUUGCGUCUGUAUUUCUUGAGUCCUUCUCAAUCGUUCUUUUUCCUUGUCGUUUUAUCCUUUUCCUUAUGUCAAAUUAGCGUCUAUUUCUGUACUUUUCAUUUGGAAUUUUGUUUUAUUCUUUUGAAUUAAUAUCCCAUCGUUUUCCUGACCGGUUCAGGACCAAUUUAUAAUGCCUAAAUUUUCCAAAGGUAUAUCAUUCGUCAAGAACUUAAAUAGAGGAGUGAACUAAUCAUUCUACAUAGAUGGAGCGAAGAAGAUUGGCGGUCUUGUCAUUGCCUCUAUCGGACUUGCAGUCAUCCUUUUCUAUGCUCUGGUGCUUGCAGGCUGUACCAGUGGUUCUCCUGGAAUGUCGAAUUUGUUCCUCGUGAAGCUCCAUAAAGCAGGCGGUAAACUUCUGACUGGAACUGCUGGCAACGCUACAGCUGGUAAUGGCACGUUGACGGAUCUAGCGGCCAACGUGACAAUCCGGAUUGGCUAUUUCGGUUAGUCCAUCCAUGUUUUAAUGGCGACUUACGAUGCUAAUAAAUUACCCUCAGGCAUGUGUACCAGUAUCGGUUCUGGAAGUUUGAACUGCUCUGGUACUUAUAGCCAUGACGGCACUCAAAUCUCGACCUCCUUCCUUCCACAAAACGAUUUCAGUACCGUAACACUCUUUAACUUGGCCAGCCACAUUCAAUCCAAAGUUUUCGUCUUCAUGCUUGCUGUUUCGGCCGUCAUAUUUCUGUCUUCAUUCGUCGUUCUCAUUGCUCUCCAGUUCGAUAUCAUGCGCAACAGUUCUUCCUCGGCUGCUUACAAGCGUCGUUUCUUUCUGAAGAAAGGGUUCAAGAAUUUGGUCUGGAUCAGUGUUGGACUGAAUAUUGCAGUCUCGGCUGGUGCUCAACAGGCUGCAGAAGCAUUGCAGUGGCUUUCGGAUGUGAGAAAUGGUGAGCUGCUCAUCACAAGUGGUGCAACUCUGCUAGGAUUGCAGUGGGCGAUUGUUGCAUUUUCCAUGAUCUUUGCAUUGGGAAGUCGCUUGAUUUACAAUCAGAAGCCGGCGCAGACGAUUGAACAGAAUUUUGAGACGAAGGACGGCGUUAUGGCUUUUUGA